AUGGAAUCCGUACUUACGCGCCUCAACCUGACGCUCGACAACAUGACCAGUCUGGGCGCCAACAUGCGGCAGGGACUCAUCGAGCAGUACAGCAACAACCGGAAGGUGGACGAUCCUUGGUACCACAUCCUGAUCGUUAUGUACGGCACCCUGAUCGUGUUCGGGGCAACCGGCAACAGUCUGGUGGUGCUGGCCGUGGCCCGAAAGCCCCAAAUGCGGACGGCUCGCAAUAUGUUCAUCGUUAAUUUGGCCGUUUCCGAUCUGUUGCUGUGCCUGGUCACGAUGCCGCUGACGCUGGUGGAGAUUCUUACCAAGUACUGGCCCAUGGGGCGCCUACCGUUUCUGUGCAAGUCCAUCGGAACGCUGCAGGCGACAAGCAUUUUCGUUUCCACCAUUUCGAUUACCGCCAUUGCAUUAGAUAGGUAUCAAGUAAUAGUGUAUCCAACGCGCGAUAGCCUCCAGCGAUGGGCAGCCAUCGCGAUACUGACCGGCAUCUGGAUCAUUUCGAUAGUGCUGGCUUCCCCGAUGUUCAUCACUCGCCAACUGAUCCACUACGACGUCAAUCUGCCCAGCCUCGGUAUCGAGUACGUGUCGUACUGCGUCGAGGACUGGCCGAUCAGCUACGGCCGGGUGUACUACUCGGCGUUCACCCUGUGCGUCCAGUACGUGUUUCCGAUCCUGAUCGUUUCGGUGGCGUACCUACGGAUAUACCUGAAGCUAAAGCAUCGCCUCGUGGUCAGCACCACGACCGGAACGGGUCGGGGUCGGCCGAGUGGCAAGGAGGGCCAGCCACUGCGGGAACGUGAGCGUGGGCGCAGGAUGCAGCGCACCAACUAUCUGCUGAUUAGCAUAGCGCUAAUCUUCGGCGUCUCGUGGCUUCCGCUCAACCUGUUCAACCUGUUCGCCGACCUCUACGUGCACGCGAUCACGCAGGAGAUCAUGGUGGCGUAUGCUAUCUGUCACAUGGUCGGCAUGAGCUCGGCCUGCUCCAACCCGCUGCUGUACGGGUGGUUGAAUGAUAAUUUUCGGAAAGAGUUUAAUGAGCUGCUCUGCCGAAAGGACAACGGUGGCCCUGUCGGCGGCGGCGGCAGCCACUCGAAUGGCCGAGCGAACGGUGGACUCUCGGGCGGAGACCGGCGGACCGCCUCCAGGAUGCGAUCUGCACGAACUGCGGCCGGUAGCCGGGGGACCGGCGCGGCCCAGCACGGCGGCCCGGACGACAGCCUUCCGGAAGUAACGCAGGUGGGCGCAGGGGCAGCAAUGCUGCAAGACUCGGGGAUCACUGAGAACGGGGAGCACACCGAACUGACCGAGCUGAUGCCCUGA